UGGGUGUGUGUCGCCGCCUGGCGGACAGACCGGGUAUGGCCGGUGUUGUGUGUGUGUGAUGCGGAUCCGGAGCAGUUGAGUCUCGGUCCUGGAAACAUCAGCGGCUCUUCCCCGGAACCUCAGCGGCUCUUCACCGGGAAACACCAGCGGCUCUUCACCGGGAAACACCAGCGGCUCUUCCCCGGAACCUUCCCCGGCUUUCACCCGUGUUGAUCCCGCUGUUGGCUCAUCGUCAGCGGCUCUACGGGCUGGAGUUUACCGGGGGAGCGCGCUCUGCCCCUGGAUUAACACAAGACGCGAGUCCGCUGCUGUGACACCGGCUACAGGAGCGAACCGGUUCACCCGCUGCUUCCCGGAGGAUUUGGUUCGAUUCCUGUUUCUGUGGGUUUGUUCUUUUUACUUUGGGGCGAAUUGAAGUGUGAAUUCAGUGAAACACCCGCGGACACUUGUUGAAGAGCUAACAGCCAGUGGAGCUAACGAGGCUAACAACUUCCUCCGACAGCUCCAGCGCAGUCACCCCGCACACGGUGCGUCUGCCCCGGCCGUGUGUUCGAUGCUGACCGAGGGUCGGCACUGUGGUAAAGUGAGUUUGUCCGUGUUGGAGAAGUGACAGCAGCUAAGCUAACUGAGCUAGCUGCGUCUCUCCGCUAUGUUAGCAUCGACAGCUAACGCUCCGUCAGCGCUGGAUUCAAACAAGUGGUUCUGAGUCUGUGGAGUGUGAUUGUGUCUCAAACUUCUUGAAACAUCACGUUACUUCGUUAAAAACACGUUGAAGUCCGAACUCCAGCGGAGCCGCUAGCGUCGCUGCUCUCGGGGCGUAACAACACAACUUUCCUGACGUUAGCUUAGCUUAGCUGCGUUAGCCUCUGCGAGCCGAGAUUUGAACCUGUGAUGGAUUCACUGACACUUUGUCAACUAUAGACUCAGCCCAUCCUCCAUCUUCCAUCCACACCACACCGAAGUCACCCUGCGGCCCGAACCAUGUCCGGCUCCCCGGGCACAGGGGGCUCCAACCCCAGGAAGUUCAGCGAGAAGAUCGCUCUGCACAACCAGAAACAAGCAGAGGAGACCCGGGCCUUCGAACAGCUGAUGACCGACCUGACAGUCUCCAGGGUGCAGUUUCAGAAAAUCCAGCAGCUACGUUUGUGCCAGCCACGGGUUCAGUACUACGGAGGUUCUCUGCCCAACGUCAAUCAGAUCGGCAACACCAGCAAUGAGUUUCAGGGGGGUUUCCCUUCAGGAUUGGACUCCACCAGAGGGACCCGCCACCAUGGGCUGGUCGAGAGGGUUCACAGGGGCCCCAACCGAAUCAACUCUCCCCAUCGCCGACCCAUCGACAAGCACGGACGGCUGAUGGAGAGUUCCCCAUAUGGCGCAGUGUACCUGUCCCCACCUCCGGACAACAACUGGAGAAGGGAACAGCAGCCAUGGACUGAGGAAAAACGGCCUGGGUUUAGAUUAAUAUCACAACUCAACAGAACCAAUUCAGACUCGGCUCUUCACACGAGCGUCAUGAACCCGAACCCUCAGGACCCCUUCGGCAUCCACCAGCAGAUGGGUCGAGGUCCCCACCAGCGAAAUGCUAGUGUAAAUGAGGCCGAGGUGGACGGCUCUGGAGAUAUCUUCUCCUUCCCCGCCCUGCAUAACGAGGAGAAUCUCAUUGGCGUCAAUAAGCCUCUUCCCAAGCAACUGUGGGAGGCCAAGAAGGUCCAGUCUCUGACAUCAAGACCUAAAUCCUGUGAAGUGCCUGGAAUCAAUAUAUUCCCGUCUCCGGAGCAGAACCAGGGUCUUUCCCACUACCAGGGCUCGUUAAACACCGGCGGCUCGCUCCCCGACCUCAGCAACCUGCACUUCCCCUCACCUCUCUCCACGCCGCUGGACCCUGAGGACAACGGAGGGUAUCCCAACCUCAGUGGCGGCAGCAGCACCGGAAACCUUCCCGCCGCCAUGAUGCAUUUAGGCAUCGGGAACUCACAGGGACUCUCCUCCUCUCUGAGCAAUCCCUCAAUUCAGGCGUCCCUCAACAACUGCCAGCUUCAGUCCUCGCUCAGUAAUCCCUCCAUCAACUCAUCUCUGCGUCUUUCUGGCAACUCCCCCCGGCGACGGCCCGCUCCCAUCAGCCCCCUCACCUUGUCUCCUGGCACCGAGCAGCGCAGGGGUCUGACCAAGCAGCUGUCUCCCACCAUGUCCCCUUCACUGUCCCCCAUCACACAGGGAGUUGCUUUGGAUACCAGCAACAUGCCGAGGGAGCCGCCCCCCCCCUACCCGCUCUACCAACCCCCGCAGCACGCCGGGGACCAGGGCCGACAACGGCAGCCGCUGCCACAACAACAUCAGCAGCAGCCGGCUUCUCCUCUUCAGGGCAUCCCGCUGGACUUCAACACGGGACAUCACAACAACAUGUCAUCGUUCUUCAACGACCCCUUCAUGGAGCCGCAGUUCAACCGCCAGAACAAGACCUUCCCCUAUCAGUUGGACCAGUUCAGUCUGUUGGAAAACGCCAUGAGCUCCACAGCAGGGGGUCCGUGCUUCGACCCGUCCUCCUCCUCGCUCUACUACUCCCAGGCCGCGCUCUCCGGACUGGGCGGCAGCCACGGCAGCCUGCACGACCCCAUGCACAUGAGGUCCAACAUGCUGUACUCCAACUGCAGCGGAGGGUUACCCAACAUCAUACUCACCGAUGAUUCCAACCCCACUCUGUCGAAGGACAUCAGCAGCGCUCUCUCUAUGUUGCCUGAUUGUUUUGACUCGGAGGGAGGCUUCCCAUUGGAGGACGAGCUGCGCAUCGAGCCGCUCAGCCUGGACGGUCUGAGCAUGCUCAGUGAUCCGGACAUGGUGCUACCAGACCCGUCUGUGGAGGACAGUUUCCGCAGUGACAGACUCUGAGCGUCUCGUAGUUUACACACACACACACACACGGAAGUUACAGAUCUGUUCAUGCAUGAUUAGACUCGGCCACAUCCAUCCACUGCCACUAAGAUUCAUUCAAUGUGAAAGACGUGAACGUUGUCAAGACGACAAACAGCGUUCACACCUGCUUCAUGUCAAGUUCCCCUCGCUCCAGAGUCGAGUCUCCUCCUCCAAUCAGAAGGACUCUGACGAGCGGUGAAGAGCUGUAAGUUGGUCUGUUUCCUUUUCUCUCAUCACCAGCUCACAGCCCACUGAAGCCAUGGCAACCUCAUCGCCAUGGCAACGCAGCAUAGCAACCCCACCGCCGUGCUGAAGAGCAGCAGAAACGCCAAAACACGAUUAAGUUCUUUUCCUGCGCUGUUGAAUCGGCAGUGACGGUGAAACAUCUGGCAGCUUAAGUUCUUCUUCAGGUGAAAUCAAAUCCAGAUGUGUUAUGGUAGAAAUGAAGACUAAAUGUUUUUCUUGAAAUGUUAGCCAUCUAUAAAUAGAUAUAAAUACUUCUAUACAUACAAAUAUAUAUAUAUAUAUAUAUAUAUAUAACAUUUCAGUCUAAUCAGAAUGUUUUCCAAAAAAAAAAAGGGCAAACAAAGAAGAGAUUUGAAUAAGUAAAUAAAGAUUAUUUUGAAUUUCUAAUUAGAAGAUACAAUUUUAAGAUGUAUUAAAUAGAUUCUAUAUUUUUGUGUGGAAGUCGCGGACUCUUUAAAAUCCACUUUAAGAAAGGAACUUUUUUUCUUUUGUUUAUAAGAAAUUCUUAUAUGUACAUUCAUAUGUUUUAUUUGACAUUUUGUACUGAUGCUUUUAAAUCUUGUGAAUAAGGGCAUGCGCUGUGCUUCUGUGGAUCCAUUGUCACACUUCUUGUUCUUUCCUCGUGCCACACGUGACUCGUUCAGAGAGCACACUGCCCCCAUGUGGACAUCGGACAACAUGUAACAUUGCACUUAACAUCUUUUGCACUAAUUGGUUCACGUUGUGUUGACUAAUAUUUUAUACACCAGGUAAAAGUGUUUUUUACCUGAAAACCCAAAGAAGUCGACUGAAGCCGUGAAAAGAAAAAGUGAAUGUGUCUAAAUGUGUUCGUCACAGACUCUUUAAAAACUCACCAGCAGCAGGUGUUCAAUUCUGAGUAGAUGUGAAAACUCGAUGUGAUUUUCUUCGACCGCGUCGUUGGUAAAAAUAUAUUUUUGUGACGAGCUCAGUUUCAGGUGAUUAGGUAUCACCUGGGCCAUUUGGGGCAUUGAGUGCCCCCUAGUGUCGGCUUUGAUCCGGUCAGAGCGAAUCCGAUCUGAUGAAACGGAUGUGGAGCGACGUGUAACUAUGCAACUUGUUUUUUAAUAAGUGAAACCUGUUGAACAGGUCGGACAUUAUGCAGUGACGCGACUUUCAGGAUCAAAUUUAUUAUCAAUCACAAUAUUACAUGUGUCCAGUGUCCACAGGAGCUGAUCUUCAACCAGGAGGUGAAGGAGAGUUACUGCAGCAUGGCACUGUCUGUUUGAGUGGUUUUAUUUUGUACUGUCAGAAGGUGGCGCUGUGUGACUGUGUGAACGGCUUCUCUCUCUCUCUCUGUGGUGAAACCAGAACAGGCCACUUUUCUUUUUGUAUAUUUUAUCUUCAGUUUGAGCUGUUGAAACAUUUGAAUCUGUUGUGACGGUUUAAUGUGUUUAUGAUCUAUACUUUCUGUUUCCUGCAGUCUAACGCCCGCUGCUGCCUUAUUUUGUUCCGUCUCCACUUUUCAUAUUCCAGCAGUAACGACUAUAAUCACUUUAGCUUUAGCUCUGUUUGGUACUAACUUCCUGCCCACGGCUGUUUCCUGUCUGUUUUAGUUGCAUAUUAAAAUGUACAGUUCUGUUAUUUAAAGAAUGUUUUGUCCACUUGUGUUACUACUUAUUUUCUUUUAUAAUGUUAGUUUCUCUCUUCAAAUCAAACAUUUUUCUCAGUUUGUAUGUUCUAGUGAUUUUCUUUCUGAUUCAAUAGAAUAAAACUCUUUAAUGUG